AUGGUGCUAAGAUGGAGGGAAGCUCUAACAAAGGUUGCAAAUCUCUCUGGAUGGGAUCUGCGUGAUAAGCCACAAUCUGCAGCAAUUAAAGAGAUUGUUCAAAACAUAAUUAAUAUAUUGGAUUGCAAAUCUUCAUGUGUUUUAAAAGAUUUAGUUGGAAUUUGCGGGAUGGGAGGAAUAGGGAAGACAACUCUUGCUACUGUUUUAUAUGACCGAAUCUCACAACAAUUUGGAACAUGUUGUUUUAUUGAUGAUGUAAGCAAAAUUUAUAGACUACGUGAUGGUCCACUCGAUUUACAAAAGCAAAUUCUCGGCCAAGAGCACCAUCAGAUAUGCAAUCAUUACAAUGCAACUAAUCUGAUACGACGUAGGCUCUGUCGUCAAAAGGCCCUUGUGAUUCUUGAUAAUGUUGAUCACAUUGAACAACUGGAAAAAAUAGUUGUGCAUCGUGCAUGGUUAGGUGCCGGUAGUAAAAUCAUUAUCAUUUCUAGAGAUGAGCAUAUAUUGAAACAGUAUGGGGUGGAUGCAGUUUACAAAGUUCCUCUCUUGGAUUGGGCUAACUCUCUUCAAUUAUUGUGUCGAAAAGCUUUCAAACUUGAUCACAUUUUGAGUAGUUAUGAAGGGUUGGUUAAUGGCAUACUAAAUUAUGCCAAUGGCCUACCACUAGCAAUUAAAGUAUUGGGUUCAUUUUUGUAUGGUCGAGAUAUUUCUGAAUGGAGAAGUGCAUUGGCUAGAUUGAGAGAAAGUCCAGACAAAGAUGUCAUGAAUGUGCUCCGAUUAAGUUUUGAUGGGCUAAGGGAGACAGAAAAAGAAAUAUUUCUUCAUAUUGCUUGUUUUUUCGACAUGCAUGUGGAGAAAUAUGUUUAA